AUGGCGUCCCCGGAGAAGAAUCCACUUCCAAAAUUCGACGGGUUUCCGAAUAAGAAGGCUUAUGUGAAAUUGGUUAAGAAUUUCUGCAGAGGGAAAGAAGAAGAUGAAGCUAUAGAAAUAAUAUGUAAUCUAUUCCCAAAAACGAUGAUAGAGAGUUAUUUUAAUAGAUUUUUGGAUGACUCUUUUGAAGGUGAGAUGAGUGCAGAGGAAUUACUGAAUCACAUAGAAGAAUACGUAAAAGAGCAAGAUAUUAAGGAUACUUUAUGGGAUAAAACAAAAGUAGCAUAUGAAGUGAGAUUCGCUUUUGGAGCUCAGGAAGCUUGUCAAAAACUAUUGAUUGAGUUGUAUGGCAGGUUUAGAGUUUUACUUAAAGGUAUGGAUAAGAAGGAUGUACAGCAGGUUGUGGUUACAAGGUUUUUGAGUCUGGUGCCGGUGAAGAUAGGUAGAGAGUUUGUAGAGAAGUGUGAAGAUCCGUCAUAUGAUGAGAUAUUGAAACUGGCAGCAAAAAGAGACAAGAAAUAUGAGUUGGAAAAGAAAUAUAGGAAAUUAUCAGAAGAGAAGUCCAAGCUGCGAAAGCAGAAAGGUGAUGGGAAAAAGGAGAUUCCUAAGGGAGCUCAAGGAAAAAAUGGAAAGAAGACAGAGGAUAGAGAAGAAGUGAGAAAAGAGUCUCAAGUAAAAAUAGCAUUCUUUUCUCAAGAAAAACGAGGGGAAGUAUCGAAGGCUAGAGUAUUUGUAGAAGGGUACGGUUAUGUAAUGAUGUACUUAGAUUCAUGUAGUUCUGUAAAUAUAUUACCGAGUAGGCUGGUGAAGAAUUUGUCAGAGGUUUUAGGGGAUAUUACAGUAGAAGGAGUAGAGGAAGUUGAGGUAAAAGGCAUACAUGAAUCAUAUUCUAAAACGGAAGGAGCAGUUGAAUUAGUGAUAAGCAUUCCGAAUUCUAAGGUUAAGAAAGAGAGGGUAUUAUUUUACGUCGAUAAGGAAGCUAUAUCUCCGUUGUUGAGUAGGAAUUUUUUAAAAAAAUUUGGGAUAAACCCAAUAGAAUAUGAAGAAGUCAAGGAAAAUAAAGACUUUGGGGGUAUGGUGAUAGAUGAAACCUCCUCAGACUUUGUGAAGUUACUGAAAUCAAUGCCAAUGUUAUACGAUAAAGAAAGAGAUUAUGAGGAGAAUGUUUGUAGAGCAUCUUUUACAGUAAAUAAGGAGUUUUUUCCAGUGAGAAAGAAAAUUAUACCUGUUCCUGAGGAUUUAAAAGAGAAGGUGUUAAGUAAUAUAGAGAAGCAAGUGGAAAAAGGUUGGUUAGAAUCAGUUCCUGAAGGAGAGAUUGUAGAGAAUGUAAAUUUAUGUAUUCCAAAGGAUGGAGAACAGUUACCUUCAAUUAAAGACUUAUUACAUAUUAAUGUGGAUAGGAUAAGUGUUUAUGAUAUUCGAUCGGCAUUUAAUAGGAUAAAUGUUGAAGAGGAGUGUAGAAAAUAUCUCAUUCUAGGAACCCCAUUUGGUUUGUUUAGAAGUAAGGUAUUGGUGUUUGGUCUGAAGAUCACCCCAUAUAUUUGGAUGAAAACAAUUAAGAAAGUUUUAGAACCGGUAAUAGAUCAUGUAAGAAUUUAUUAUGAUGAUAUAGUAAAUAUAGCAAAAGGAAACUUGCAUGAUGUAGUGAACUGUAAAAUUGUUCAAGCCUUGAAUAAAAUGAAGAUGCAAUUAAAUCCAGAGAAGUGUGCUAUAGGUGUGAAGAAGACAGUAUUUUUAGGUUAUAUGAUAGAGUGUCCAUUAAAAAUUAGUAUUCCAAGAGAUAAGGUGGAAGCUUUACUUAAACUACCUUGUCCGAGAAAUGCAAAGGAAGUAAUGGAGGUUAUGGGUAAGAUACAGUAUUUUGCGGUUAUGAUUCCAGAAUUUGCGGAAUUAGCAGCACCUGUUCAUGAAUUUAAAAAUAAAAAAGGGGAAUUUAAACAAGAAAUUUUUCCUUUCUUUGACCAGCUGAGAAGAGCGGCAGCGAGAAAUGUCUCGUUGGAGAGCAUCAGAGAGAAUUGUAAGGGAUUGAUCAUAUUUGUUUCAAUUUCAGAUAUAGCAGUAUGUACGAUAAUGAAAGCUUGUUAUAAAGAAAAAGACAGAAUAUUUGCUAUAAGUAGACGGAAGUUGAGGAAGAAUGAAAAGAAUUAUGGUAAACCAGAAAAAGUUUUACUGGGAGUCAAAGAAAUAAUAUGGCAAAAUAAAGAGGUUGCUGCUAGCUUUGCGAUUAAGGUUUUUUCGGAAGUACAGGGUUUGAAGAAGGCUUGGGAGUCGGAGUUGGGUAUAAUUUCAUCAACUUUUCAAAGAUUAAUGUUUGAACUGAAAGCUUUUGAUUUGGAGUUUUCUUAUUUAAAAGAUAGUAAGAAUAUAGCCGGUUUUUUUAAGACAGUAGAAUAUUCCGAGGCAGAAGGUGAGGGGAUGGCGUUUUUAGUGGAGAAGAAGUUGGAUCAGUUUUCUUUUAGUGAGGAGGAGAUUAUGAAGGAGUAUAUGGGAGAUAAGGAUGCUAUUUUGGUGAAAACGUUUAUUAAAGAAGGGCUUCUACCAGAUUCAAAGAAAUUAGAGUUGAGUUGUAUGUUGAGGGGUAAAUUGGACAAGGCGGAAAUAAAAAAUGGAUUAAUUUACUUGGAAGACAAGCUGCUGAUUCCUUAUACACUGAGAGAGAAGUUAGUAGAUUACCUGCAUAGAUAUCAUGCAUCCUUUGAUCAAAUGAGUAGAAAUGUGAAAGUAAAUUUUGUGGGGAAUAAAUUAUUGAAGUUAGCUAAAGAUAAAGCAGAUUCUUGUGAGACGUGUUUGACUUAUAGAAGGAAUUCGAGGAAGAGAAUUACAAGUUGGUCAACUAUUUCGGAAAGGAGAGAAAGAUACCAUGCUGAUUGUGCAGAGUAUGGAAAAUAUUUAUUUAUGAUAAAUUGUGAUGUUCAUACAGGACAUUGUUCAGCGGUACCAAUUAAGGGAGUUGGAGCAAAAGAUAUUAUUUCAGCUUAUGCUGAAACUUACCUAAGAAUGGAUACGCCAAUUAUUCAAGUAGCUGACAAUGGGAAAGGAUUCUGUGCAGUGCAAACGAGAGAAUAUCUGGAAGAGUUGGGUAUUGUGUCUUUGUUUUCGAUUCCGAAGUGUCCAGAAUCAAAUGGAGUAGCAGAAAAGUGUGUAGGUUUAAUUAAGAACUAUUUGAAGAAAACGGAGAGGAAAGAACCUUUUAAAGUUUCCCUUAUGAGAGCAGUGAAUGCGGUAAAUGAGAGGAUUGUAAAUGGAAAAUUAGUGAAGAGAAUGUUCCUGGGUUAUGAGGGAGAGGAGUCGAUAAAAAGAAAAUAUGAGUUUAGAAGAUUUCCAUUUUGCUGCGAUAUUAAAUAUAAACUGGAUAGAAAUGACGAGAUGUGGAGAAAAAGAAAAUGUUUGGAAAAAAUUGGUGCAGAUAUAUUCCGGAUUACAGAUGAGGAAGAAAAAAAUAUUUAUAUUAGGAAGUCUGGCAGUAUAAUUUUCCUUGAUAAAAAGGGGAGAGCUAUUGAUAAGAAUCAAAUAGAAAAAGUUCUUUAUCAAGGAGAGGAAGAAAAGCAAAUUGAAGAUGAAGAAAAGUGUCCAGGUAGAGAAUAUAUCAGAAUAGAUAGUGAAGAGGAUUUCAAGGCUUUUAGAGGAAAGAGGCCUGAAUUUAAGUUAUUUUUGGCAACAGAUGGGUCAACAGAGAGAGGUAAAGGGUAUGGAGGAGUAGUAUGGAAGUACCAAGAAGGGGAUACACCGGUAAUGGAGCAAUUUAGAGGAAGUAAAAGUAUGGCGGCUUCGGCUCAGUUUUUGGAAGUUGUUGCUCUGUUGGAAGGCCUAAGAUUGGUUGAGAAAUUGGAUAAACAAGAAUGGGGAAAGAAAUUGGCGAUUGUUACGGACUCAGAAUAUGUGGGGAGAAGUACAGCUUCUUAUCUUCAGAAAUGGAAGGAAAAAGACUUUAAAACUCAUAGGGGAACUAAAGUGCAGCAUGAGGAUAUAUGGAAGGAGAUUAAUGAGUUACUGAAUGGUUGGGAAGAAGUAUUAGUAUUGAAAGCAGCCGCACAUAAAGGUGUACUUAUAAAUGAAGCCGCAGAUGUUCAAUCGAAACUUGGAGCUAUGAAUUCAAUAUCUAGAGGAUAUGGUCACUAUGCUAAUCAAUGUCCUUCAAAGAAGCUUGAUAACCAGACUCAAUUUCUUGAAGAAGAAGAUCAACAAAAUAUAGAAAUCUCUUCAGACAAUUAUUUUGGAGUUUUUCUUUUGGAUGAUCAACAAGUCAACGUUACAAUAAAGCCAAACAAUUUUAUUGUUCUGGAUUCUGGUUCUAGUGUUCAUGCCUUUUCAGAUAAAUCUCUUUUGAUGAAUUUAAAGAAUACUCCAACCAGAUUUCUUACCACUGCUGAUGGCAAUAAAGUACAGCUACAUGAAGUUUUAUAUGUUCCUCAAUUCCAUGUGAAUCUUCUUUCCCUGGGGAAACUUUUGGAAUCUUUCUCUAUUUCAAAGAACAAUGGAAAAUUAUACCUUUCUUCUGGUUCAAAUCACUUUCCUAUUUCAAAAUUUAACAAUAUGCUUGUAAUCAAUCCAUCCUCUCAGUUAUGUUUAAAUCUCUCUUCAUUGGAUGAACUAAUUUUACUUCACAAGCGUUUUGGUCAUUCAAAUAUCAAAUCCAUGGAGAAAACAUUAAACAAAUCCUUUAAUAAUUCUCAUUCCUGUUCUUCUUCUGCGGCCAUAAAAAUUUAUAGAGUUCCUCAUUUUCUUAACACUAAUACAACUAAAGUUCUUCUUCAUAUUAUUUGUGCAGAUCUGGCAGAGCCCAAGGUUCCAAAUACAAUUCAAAAUUUUCAUUAUUACUUAAUUGUUGUGGAUGUUGCUACAAAAGUUACUGUGAAUAUUUCUUCUUGGACUAGAGAUAGAGGAAUUGUUAAAUUAACUACUGCUCUUCAUACUCCUGAAGCUAAUCCAAUUGAAAGAUAUAAUCGUACCUUAAAAAAUAUGUGUGGUGUAAUUUUAUAUGAUCAAAAGAUGGAUUUAAAUUUAUGGCCUUAUGUUAUUGAAGCAUGUUCUCAUAUAAGAAAUAGAAUUUACAAUCAGGCAAUUGGAAUGUCUCCUCUUCAAGCACUGGGUAUUAAUGCUAAUACUAAUCACUUACGAAUUAUUGGUAGUUUAGCUAUUGUUAGAAAACCAACAGAUUCUCAUAUAUUUGAGAUUUAUUCUGAUGCAAAUUUUUCUUCAACAAGUAAAUCAACUACAGGGAUUUUAGUUUUUCAUAGAGGAAAUCUUAUUCAUUGGUCCUCUUCUAAACAAUCAAAUACUGCCUGUCUGUGGUUAAGGAAAUUUUAUGAUAAUAAAGUGACACCAAUUAUUUAUAUUGAUAAUAUACCUCUUCUUCAAUCUAUACAGAAAGAUUGCGCUCGAACUUCUAAAGCAAAGCAUGUUCAAGUAAAAUUUACUUGGUUAAAAAAAUCUAUUAACUUUGUUCAAUUACAAUACAAAUCUACCUCUGAUCAAUUGGCAGACUUUCUUACUAAAAUCACUAAAGGACCAUCUUUAAAGAGAUUCUUAACGAGGGAAAUGUUAGAGUCAUCAAAUUAA